GGAAAGAGAAAGAGACAGACAAGAGGUGAAGAAAGAGAAGAGUAGUGAAUGAGGAGGAACUGCAAAUGCAAAAGUAAGGAGAAUACAAGCAGGAGGAAGAGGAGGCAUCGGCAAGGCCGAAAGAAAGAGAGAGAACGAGAGUAGUGUAUGUACGGGAGAACGAAAGAGAGAUAGAUAGUGAGAGCUAGAGAGAGAGAGAGAGAGAGAGAGUGAACUUCAACAAUAGAUAAUUGUGCCGCUUGCGCUUAUGAAACAUGGUCGAUGUCGGCGGCGGCUCUUCUUGAAAGUUGGUCUGUAUGAGGUGUUGUGUUGUGUUCCUGUAGGUAUUUGGUUGUUUGACAGGGUUAUUUUAAUCCCCACCAAGCGUCACCAGAACCCGCACCCAUUUUUAACGUUUCUGGUCAACCGUAUUUAUGAACACCAGACGGACAUGUGCGAUUCCCUUCCACGUUCCUGUUAAGUGGGAGUGUUUCGCCCUGCAAUAGAAAUGCUCAUUUAUUUCGGACCUUUUGUGUUGCUGCUGUUUCAUACAGUGUUAGCUGAAAGUGACUGUGGUCCGACAUUGAGCAACAAAAGUGUCUUGAUUGUUUAUUCAAAGCAGUAUGACACUACAGAUCAGCACGCCUGUGACUUGUACAUUAUUGCCAAGACAAAGGUGUACAUUGAACUGAACUUCACUGACCUUCGUGGCUUUGAAGUUCCGUGGCAGCCAGCAAACAGCUCCACCGUUUCAAUGGAAUGUUUACCAAAGAUCAGCAUUACAGAACGCAAUACGAGUGGUGAAGAAUUCCGUAUGGGAAUUAUCUGUCCUGUCCAAAAACUUCUCAAAGACCCUCCAGUCUUUCCCUCACACGCCAAUAACUUAACGCUGAUUUAUAAAUGGGACCCCAAACAGCGAACUGGACAUACAUUGUAUCUUGACUUUCAGCUGAAAGUAAAUGUGUGCACAUUCUACUGUGAUGGCUCUACCUGUCAGUCUGACCAGUCGUUAGUGUGUAACGGCAGGUCACACUGUCGCGAUCAGUCAGAUGCGCAGCUUUGCAAUGAGCAACACCCUAGCUCUGCACCCACAGAGCAGCUUGUAAGGAGCACUUCUACUAUAAUGCCACUUGUUGUUGUAAUAAUAAUUGUGGUGUGUAUACUUGGGGUGGUACUACUUGGCAUCUGCCAUUGCCGGACAGCACCGUGGCUAUGUCGAGGAGACAGCUCUCACACUAAAACUUCAGAGCAUGAAAAUUUACAUCCUAACUCUCAAAUGACCUGCUCAGAGGAUUAUUCUGGAAUUCCAACCCAGGAGCAACGGGCAAUAGCAUCAUAUAAAGAAAAACAAACACGUUUAAAAUCCAUAAGGACAGACAAUGAAUUAGGUCUCCCUCCUAGUAUCCCAAUCUCUGAAGAUGGAGAAGAGGGAUUUCUGACUAGUCAAAGAUUACUACAAUCAUGUGACCGGUCCCAUAAAAUAGACUGUCAGGCUUUCUGCCCCCCACCAAAUAUAACCAUAUACAAUGGAGAGAGUCCAUCAUCCUUUUAUCAUUCUCACUCAACAACCAACAGCAGCUUUCUCGCUCUCUCUGUGAACAAGAAAAUUCCUCUUCCUUCUAUGAAAACCCUGAGGGAGUCCAAUGGACAUUCAAAUCUUAACCAUUAUAGCUAUUUGGAAGGACACAGUCAUCCUUCACGUUCCAAACCCCACACAAAGAACCCCUCUUCAUCAACAUUGCAGCCAAAGCUAUCCAGUGACAGUCAAAAUCCACAAGGCCAAAAAUUUGACCGACUUGGAAAUUACUCUCUAGUUUCUUCUCCCAGUACUCGAAUGCCUAAUGAGGCAAAUGUCUACAGCUUCCAGCCUGACAGACACCUUUGAUAUAGACCUCCCCACUCCGUUCUCAGCUGAGGAGAUUUGAGAAAACUACAUGCUAGAACACAACCAUCACUGUUGCUGCUGUUUUUUUUUUCUUUGUAAUUAUUUUUGUUUUUUUUUUCAAAAAUAUAAUUGACUAAUCAAAAAUUGACGUUAUAAAGCUGAGGAAGCCAUUGAAGUGUGGUUGAUGUUCUCUAAGCUCUGGUCCUUCUUGCAACUGUCUGUGACUGUGGUGCUGUGAGAGACUAUGUUGGAGACAUGUAAAGCUAGUGCCUCGUUUCUUGUUGGAGAUACCCUGUUUAUACCAUUUGGUAGAUCUCGACUUCUGAUAACCCAAUGGAACAUUUAGGGGUGCUUCUUUCCAGAAUAUUUUCAAGGUUUUUUUAACCGUGAAAAUACCAUGACAACUGGUUGGAAUGCUGGACCACUAUUGCAAAAAUACCCUAAUCUGGACAAGUCUUUCAAACCUUCUCCACUACUUUUACACACCCCAAAAAGCAAAAAAUAAAAAAAUAAAGUAAAAUAAAUAUUUAAAAAAUGUACAAACUUAGGCUACAAUUUAUUUUUUGGACUUUAAACAAGUAUUGACUUAAUACAUGUGAAUAAAUUUUAAAAAAUGAUUAAAAUUAAAUAUAAAAAUAAAAUAUAAUUGGUGAAAUAGUAAAUAUUUCCUAUAUUAGUGUCUUCCAUGUUUAUCUUUUAUUUUUCAAAUUCCAAAAAUCUGUGAAUAAACCUCAAAGACUGUGUUGCUAAAACACUUUUCAAUGAGUCCUCCUACCCACAAGAAGUUAUGUUUUGCCUUUGUUCUUCAUUGCAAAGAACUAAAUUUCCUGGAACAGCUCCUAACUCUUCUCCCUUUGUUUCUUGGCCAGUAUACUGAAGAGUUAUAAAGCUUGAAUUUUGUAGGCAAACAGCUUGCUCUCUGCCUUUGAAGAACAUAGACAGAACACCUUCAUUUAGACAUCAAUAAAUGCUCAUUGAAACAUGUA